AACAUCAUCGCUCCACCUACAAUCCGCCUCCCGUUCGAUUCCUAUAAAUCUCCUCGUGACCAUAAGAACAUCAAAAGUUCGUGACCGGAAAAACUUGAUUCCUCUAAGCCAGAGUACACAAAGGUGUGCCAUCUCUGUAAAGCACAAAGAAGAUAAGACAGUCUAAGUUUACCAAACAGAAAAAUGGAGCCCCAAGAAGACUGGAAUACAUCAGAGAAAUCCAAGCUGUUGCAGCCUGGGCCGCCACCAUACCAGGACCAUCUUAGACAGCCUCCUCCAGGGAACUUCCAGAGCACUUCUGGCUAUCAAGCCCAGCAAUAUGGAGCUUCAGGGCCAUACGGCCAAGGACCGUAUCCAGGACAUGCUGCGGUCAUUGUGCAACCUGCAGUUUAUGUGACCACCACUCCACUGGUGUAUCCACUGCCAGAUUACCUGGGUUACUCCAUCUUUACCAUGUUGUGCUGCUGCUUACCUCUGGGCAUUGCUGCACUGGUUUUCUCUAUCAAUACUCGGAAUGCCAACAUGUCUGGACAACAACAGUUAGCAGAGAGAAACUCCAAAUUGGCGUUCACUCUUAACAAUACUGCUCUUGGUAUUGGCAUUGUUAUCUUGGUGUUGUAUGUCACCCUCAUCACUGUCAACUCUAAACACCAUUCAAAUCCAUAAUUGUUCAGGACAUCAGAGUUGGACACCAGGAAUGACAAGAUAGAGAGCUUUCUAAAAACUAAAAUUGUAUAAUGACACAAGUAUAAAUUUAAAUGAAUUUACAUUUUCAUCUGAAAGAUCAGUCUGGCUCAUCUCUAGUGUAAAAUUAUUCAUGUUACUAAAACAUGCUUUAUAGUUGAUUAUCUUAUGUUUCAAAACCAUACAAACUGUGACUCUCAUUGUAUAAAAAUUGAUGUUUGUUCUUCCUGUCUUUUGAUUAUGUAUUUAAUUAAAACUGUCAAUGACCAAUAA